GCAACUACCCAAAACUACUGCUGAGGCUGUGACCUCCAGUGCCUCAGCAUCUCUGUGGUUGUUUUCUAAACCAAUCUGUUCUCCUUUCUUUACUGUCUCCCACACACACACACACACGCCCGCUCCCCCACUGUGCAGUUAAACGUCCCUAGUAACACUGAAAAAUGUUGCCCGCUUACUCUUCCCUUUACACCUGUCUCCCCCAUUUCCCUUUUUCCCUGCCCAUACAAGGUGUGUUUCUCCCUGAGUAUUUCUGUCUCCAUUUGUAGUCAAUGUGCCAUCCUUAUGCCUCGUCUUUUUCUAUCUCACUCUCUAUCUAUGUCCUCAGUCUCUACCAGCCCCCUUUGCCUUCAUCCUCUACCACCUCCUCCCUUUUCCCUCUCUAUCUAUCUUGCUGCCUCUCCCUCUUUCUUGCUCUCUCCCUUUCUCCCUCCCUCACUCUGAGGCACUGCAGUAAAGUCUGUUGGUAGGAUUGAGGCGGUUUUCUGUGCUGACAGAGAGAGAGAGAGAGAGAGAGAGAGAGAGAGAGAGAGAGAGAGACUGCAGCAUGCUGCAUUGCAAUCACACUAGAGCACAUGAGAAUCUGCCCACAAAAGCACACGUGUGCAUCCAUUCAGCCAUCGCAUCCUCCGCAUCACGAUGUUUGCAAGUGCAUGAGCUCAUUCAAAGAGGGUAUCUUGUGUCUUUAGGUAUCUAAAUUCUGCUGCCCCAAAACAUACACGCACAUCAGCGACUCCUCCCACUCCUCUGAACCCCCCCAUCUACACCGGUCGACAGCAGGACGGCGUAGCGAUUCCGGACGCAGCGCUGACACCAGAGCUUCGCCCCUGACGCGGAUGCACACAGGCAAGCAGGCGAAGAUGUGGAUUUUGGUUCUCAUGUCACUUGAAGGAUUAUGAUGCAGUGAUUAUUAUUUUUUUAUCUUUUUUUUCCUGGAAACAGCUGGUGUGAUCACCAUUGAAGAUUUCUGUAGGAAGACCAAGCGCUUUCAGUGAGUGUCUGUCUUGCGUGUGCAUGCGUACCGGUUGUUUUUUCUGAGCUGGACUGACGCACGGAUACUGCAGCAGAACUGCAGGGGCCUGGACGUUAACCUGGAGGACAUGAGGACCCAGUGGAUGCCCCAUCCCUGAGCUCCAGACCCCACUGCUGCUGCACAUUCUGCUGAGGUGCUGCUCUCUUCUCUGCUCUGGACAUUUUUGGGAUGCGUGUGUGUGCUGGUGGUGAAGCUGAGCAGAGCUCCCAGAGGCUGAUAGGAUGCUGACAGCUCGCGAUGGAGCGCAAGAUGAAGCUCAGAAGCUGCACAGGAAAUGGAUGAAGCACCAGGCCUUCAUGGCUGAACUGGCCCGCAACAAAGAAUGGCUUGCCAAGAUCGAACAGGAGGGUGAGGAGCUGAUCCAGGAACAGCCUGAGUUGCGAUCGGUGGUGGAGAUGAAGUUGAAGGAAAUCAGAGAGUGCUGGUCUCACCUGGAGAACACCACCAAAGUCAAGGCCCGUCAGCUGUUUGAAACUCAGAACCACCGCAUUAACGACCUGCCCUCAAACACCCUCAGCGACCUGGACCAGCAUCUCAACGCCAUACAGGAGCAGCCGUCCACACUAGGCUCCACCCACAGCACCCAACCCACCCUCCUUCAGCCCCGCCCCACUUUCAGACAGCAACUCCAGAGGAUACAAUCAAUGGAAGCGCAGAUGCAGCUUUAUCAAGGUGUUGGUGAAGUCAGGGCUAGUGCUGAUCACCGGAGACCAGAAGGAGAAGAGCAAGGAGGCAUGACGGAGACCCGAAUUGUGCGUCUUAUUGAGCCUCUGAAGGAAAGGAGGCGGAUAAUUCUUGCCUCAAAAGAAAUGCACCAAGUCACCCAGGACCUGGAGGAUGAGAUUGUAUGGAUUCAGGAUCGGUUACUUUUGGCCUCAUCUACAGACUAUGGGACCAAUCUGCAAAGUGUCCAACAUUUAAUUUUGAACCAUAAGGCGCUGCAGAUCGAGAUACAGGCUCAGAGGGGGCGGGUCGAGGAGGUGCUGGAAAGGGCGGAGGCCGUUGCUGCCCUGCGAACUCCAGAGGUGGAGCUUGUGCGGGAGGGGGCGGGGCAUGUGAGGCAGAUGUGGGAGGUGCUUCAGGUAGAGAUGGAGCGUCGCACAGUGAUGCUAGAUGCCGUGAACCACGCCCAGCAGUACUACACCCAGGCAGCAAAGGCAGAAUCUUGGCUCAGUGGACAGAAACUUCAGGUCCUCAAUGAGGAGAAAGGAAAUGACGAGGCCAGUACUCUUAAGUUACUGAAAGAGCAGUUGGCUUUAGAGCAAACAGUGGAGAAUUAUGCAGAGACAGUGAGCUCACUGUCCCAGCAGUGUCGUCGCAUGCUUGAGAUGGGGCAUCCAGACAGUGAGCAAAUCACCAAACAGCAGGCUCAUAUUGACCGGCUAUAUGUAUCUCUAAAAGACCUGGUGGAACAGAGGAAAACAAAGCUGGAGCAGCAAUACUGGUUGUAUCAGCUGAAGCGAGAGGUGGAGGCACUGGAGAAAUGGAUCUCUGAGAGGGAGGCUAUCGCCAGCUCCACUGAACUCGGCCAGGACCUGGAGCAUGUGACGGUUCUGCAAGGCAGCUUUACUAAAUUCUCCACUGAGACACGUGCAGUCGGCCAGAAGCAGAUGGAUUCAGUCAAUAAGAUGGUGAAUGAGAUGAUUGACUGCAGUCACUCUGAUGCUGCCACCAUUGCAGAGUGGAAAGAUGGUCUGAAUGAGUCCUGGGCGGAUCUUCUGGAGCUCAUGGAGACCAGAGCACAGAUGCUUGCAGCUUCGUACCAGCUACACAAGUUCUUCACCGACUCUCAGGAGGUGCUGGUCCAGAUUGAGGGAAAGAUGAGACAACUACCAGAGGUGAGGUCAUGUCAGGUGAGCUCAGCCAAUCCUGGCACACUGCAGAGACUCCUGCACUCUUUUGAACACUCCCUGCAGCUGCUGGUAUCACAGGUGCGCCAACUACAAGAAAACGCAGCUCAGCUGCGUGCGAUUUAUGCCGGGGAGAAGGCAGAUGCCAUUUUUUCCCGUGAGCAGGAAGUGAUGCAGGCCUGGAAAGAGCUCCUUGUUGCUUGUGAGGGCAGCCGUGUACAGGUUACCACAGUAACCGAUAAGAUCCAGUUCUUCGCUGUGGUGCGGGAAUUGAGCAUGUGGAUGGAUGGGAUAAUGGGACAGAUUGGCUCAACUGACGAUGCCAGGGACCUCUCUGUGCUGGAGAGCAUGAUGUCCCAACAUCAGAAUCUGAAGAGUAAGAUAGAUAACAAGAGCAAGAACUUUGUGCAUUGCGUGGAGAUGGGAAAGAUGCUUCUCGCUGCACGCAACCCUGCAGCUGAAGAGGUAAAGGAAAAGCUGGAGUAUAUAAUGGCAAAGCAGAAAGAAAUGAAUGAGCGAUGGGAACAGCACUGGGAGAAGCUUCAGCAAGCCCAGCAGAGGCUGCAGUCUACCCAGCUGGGACCGUCGGAGCAGUCCUGGCUCAAAAUCAAGGAACCAAUCACUCCAAAUACCCGUGAGGCAGGGGGAGGGACAGACGAUGUGGAGGAGCUGAUUCGGCGGCAUGAAGCGUUCCGGAAGGCUGCGUCCACGUGGAAGGAUCAUUUCAGCUCAUUACGACAGGCAGAGAAGAUGAAGGAGGAACUGAGCAAGCCGCCUUCUACCUCCUCUCUCCUCAGCAGGCAGAUGUUCCCUCUCUCUUGUCUUGUGCCCAGCUCCUCUUCUUCAUCUUCGUCCUCCUCUCUCUUCCGCAACCCACUCCAGGACUCACUUCUGGAGUCCAAGCCCGGGCCAGACCUCAUGCACGCCUCAGAACACACAGUGGUGAACAGACUCACUCAACGGCUCGGGUCCACCCUGAACCCCUACAUGCCUGUCAUGAAUGGCUCCCCCUACCAGGGGCUAAACCAGCCAUCAGGGGUCAUGGCGGAGGGUCUUUUGUACCAUGGGCUUAAACAACAGGGUGUUUUAGGGUUGGAUAAUUCCAGCUAUCAGGGGUUAAACCAACAAGUUGGUGUCUUGGGUGUGAACAGCUCCAGCUACACUGGACUAAACCAACAGGGUGUUUUAGGGGAGGACAACUCCAGCUACCACAGCCUAAACCAUUUAGGUGCUGCUGGGGCAGGGGUAGACCCCAAAAUGGGAUAUGCUUGGCAGCACCUGAAAGCUGACUGCCUUCAGCCCAAAAUCAACCACAUUCACAAAGCUGUUCCACCUUUACUGGAGGCGCACCGAGCCCAGCUCGCUGGUGGAGGAGCAAACAUGCCAGCUCCUCCUAUGGGCCUGGACCCGUCCCUUGAGAUGAUCCACAGCCGUUUACAGAGAGACCCCCGCGGGAGCCGAUCUGACCCACAGAUGGAUCACUUGCGGCGAGAGAGAGAGUACCGGCUUGGCCGACAGACCUCCAGCGAGCAGGAGAUCCAGGCACGACUUAACGAGCUCCCGCUGAUUGUUAGACAGGAGCGCUACCGUCGAAGAAUGGAGAGACAGUCGUCCAGUGAGCAGGAGGCCAGCGGUAAGCAGAGAGUUCAGAAACAUGACUCCAGCGACGCAGAAUCUGGGAAAGAGCCGUCUGACAGGAGACCAUCUGGGGAGAAGCGUUCAACUAUGGCUGAGAUUGUUGAGCAAGCACAGGAGAAAGAAGCUUGCCAAGCGAGGGGAGAGGUGUACAGACCACCCAGCAGCCUCUCUGCACCAGUGAGAAGUCUGGAUCGCCCUCGAGCUCGAGACCGCCCCAAACCACGACGAAGACCUCGUCCAAAAGAACCUGAGGAGCCACGGCGGUCUCGUUCUGCACCAGCUCAGAGCAUCCCAUCCACACCUCAACCUCCAACCCACACCGUCCAUCAUGAGGGCUUCCUGUACAGGAAACAUGAAGAGGAGGGGAAAGAGAGAAGCCCAAACAGCAAGUCGUGGGUAAAUCUGUUCUGCGUGCUCAAACAAGGGGAGAUUGGAUUCUAUAAGGACGCACGACACAAAACCACAACCUACAACGAUGAGCCGCUUCUUAACUUGGCCAUUUGCGAAAUUGACACUACCAAUGGAUAUAAAAAGAAGAAGAAUGUGUUCAUUCUCAGGACCACUGCUGAAGGGGACUACAUAUUCCUGGCUAAGGAUGAGGAGGAUCUGAAAGGUUGGGUCAACAGCAUCAAUGAUAGCCUGAAGGAGAUCGAGGAAAUUGCCAAGUGGGAGAAAGCCACAAACUCCUCCACCGACCCAGACAAAUCAGAGCGCAAGGAGCGUUCUGAAGGGGCGGAGCCAUUUGAGGGGGCAGAGAGGUCAGAGAAGUCUGAGCGUUCAGACCGAUCAGAUAAAAUAGAAGCAUCGGACAGAAGCUCAGAAAAGAACUACACAUCUGAGAAGGAGAAUGGAGAUAGAGGUGAAAGAGGAGAGAGGGGAGAACGAGGAGACUGGGGUUCCAGGGGUUCCAGCACUUCGGGAAAAAGCAAAUGACUCAUCCAUCUACACCUUUAUUUACUCAUCCAUCCCUCCAUCUUUCCAGAGAGAAGACAGGACUUGCAUUUCUCAGUCUCUGUCACUCCGUUUGUCCUGACAACCUGAUUUCAGGACAGAUGUAAUUGUUCCUAGAAUGUGUCGAUGUGUGUCUGUGUGCGUGUGCCAAUGUGUUGAAGAGAACUUUUUUGUGAAAGAAAAUGAAAAGAACAGUAUAUAAACGUAUCCCAGCAUCAGAGGGCCAGUUCAGCCGCCUGCUUGACUCUCACAGAAAAGGCAUCGAGGAUGACUAUAGCCCUCUUAAUAUUUUAGAAACGUUUUCUCGAAGCAAUAUACUGUAUGUAGUAACUGAUGCCACUUGUUUUAGCUGCUCUGCACUUCCAAUGCAAGAGUGCAAGAGAGAGAAAGUGACAGAGAAGUCUUUCUGAGAGAAAUCUGCUGUGGUAGUAGGGACAGUGUUCCUCCUGAUCGACAUCCAUGCACAGCCCCACACAUGCAUACGAACACGCACAGUGCAUCAUGGGAAAAUGUUUGGUAUGGAAUACCAUUCUCUCACCCGAGGCCGCACAAGUCUUCCACCUGCUGCUUGUAGUAAUGGUUUUAAUCAUUCAAGAUGCUACACAGUACUGUGGUGAGCUCGAUUCAGUUUACACCCAAUGAAGAGUCUCGAUCACAACAUGUGAAUAUAAUGUGGCUGUGUGUGUGUGUGUGUGUGUGCGUGUGUGUGUGUGUGUGUGUGAAUACAGCUCCAUCCAGAAGGAGAUCAAAUGUACUAUAACCUCAUUGAUCGUAUUUAUUAGGUUAUCACAAUACAAAUUUAAAGUGCAAGGUUAUUCUUCACUGAACUAAGAGUAAGUACGAUCAGACACCCCAGUAUGUGUACAAAUAUGCUGCUUUUUAUCAUCUCUGCCCCCUUACAUCACUCUUUGAUUGUAAAAUGAUUAGUACACAUAAAAUAGGGUGUAUGUGACUUUGUCAUGCUAUAAAGAAAAAUACUGUAUAUAUAUAUAUUUGUAUAUAUACUAGUAAAUGAGAUUUACUUCUAUGAGCUGCAGCGUCUAAUUAAAAAAGAAAGAAAAAAAAAGAUAAUAGUUAUAAUAAUUUUUAUCAACCUAUGAAAAUGUAACAAGUUAAACAGAGUUGUUUUGUGCCCCUGGCUGAAUUUAGACAGUAAACGUGCAUUAACAUCCUUUUCCGGGAUCUCUUGUAAACGGAAAUGCAACUUUUACUGUUUAUGGUUUGUUUUGACCAGGGCAAAAGAUCAGGAUACUUGUAAAAAGAAAUCACCAUUAAAACCCUCAUCAGAGACUGUUUUGUUUUUAAUAUAAAUGCUAAGAGAACUGUCUUUUGACAGCUGUUGCAAUUCCUAUGACAAAGACAAUGAUUUCCCCCUAGUGAUAAUAUAUAGUUGUAAAUUAUAUUUGCACAGAUAUGAUACAAGUUAAAAUAUCUGAAUAAACCAGAAUAAAUACAACAACAACAAAAAACAAUCAAUUUGAGUUUUAAUGUUAGUUUUUUUUCACUUAUUUGUAAUGAUGGUCCUAAGGCUUUAAUUUAAGUUGUCAAUCACUUUGUUGAGGUCAAGCUUCUCCUAACUAGCUCUACUUUCACCGCACAAACUUGUUCUUCUGAGUUCAAACUCUGACUGGCCUCGUUGUCUAUGCAACAGCAAAUAUCAGCAUCAUACUAAAACCAGUUUCUGAAAUUGCGAUUAAAUGGUGUGGAAUAAAAUACUAAUUUACAGAAUAUGUUAGUUUUUAUGACAAAACACACUUGACCCUGAUCAGCUCCAGUAAAACAUGCAAUAUUGAUCUGCAAUUUAAAAGCUGAGGCGAUUGUGUGCCCUUGCUUUCAGAAACAGUGAGUUCCUGCUGUCACAAAACACAGAACAACAUACAUGCAUAUGACAACAGAAACAGUUGCACACCCUGCAUUCAGGUUUAGAAACCGCAUAACUAGAGACUGAACUUGUUGUGUGUAUCUGUCUGAUAAAUGUGACUGAGGAUGAAUGAAUGUCUGUUACCAAACUGUUGCUGUGUAUGUCUCCGUCUUACCUUUGCUGAAGCAACUUCACUCCUGACAGCCAGUUUAUCAAAUAUCCCCUUCCAAAGCAUAAAAUAACGAUUAGUUAUGACUUUACUUAAAAUUUUGACUCUUCGACUCUCAAAUCUAACGUUUGUUACAGAGUGACCUUGACUACGGUCUGCCUGCAAAAAGCACAAUUUCUCCCUAAAAAUAAAUCUGGAGUAUUAAAAGAAAACUACCUCUGCAUUUCUUAAAGCUGCCACAUGAUGUCAGUGUUGCAAAGGAAUUGCAGUGCGAAAAUAACUUUUAUUUGAACAAUUCAAUUUACCUUUUUUUUUUAAACCCAGAAUUGUUUACCUGCAGGGUCAGUUUUUGCUUUGCUUAGCCUUGCUUUGUUUCUCUCCAGCUUGACCUCACCAGUAAGUAUUUAUAUAUUUUAAUUCAUAUUUGGAAGAAUGGAGAAAAUUAAGUGUGUGGGUUCCCCUCCUUUAUUUAAAGUCAGUUUUCACACAUGAAAUUAAAGAAAAACAAUAUUAAGUUGCAUGAAAGAGAAUAUAGAGGUGAUUUCUAUGCAACAGCUGUGCAUGUUUAUCAAAAGGGUUUCAAUCUUCAGCAAAGCACUGAGUUUGGAUGAUGAUGAUGAUGGAGAAAUGAGUGGAAUGAGCAGAUCACUUGUAUAGCUGAAAUGAGACAUUAAAUCAUUUAUGUACUGAUAUCUGCACUAAUUCAUAAAUACAGGUUGUAUAUAUCA